CCUUAAAUUGUAUUCUUUUAUAACAGUAUCAAGUUGUUUAAUUUCCAUUCUGAAGCCAUGCUGGGCCAAAAGGUACAAUUAGCUACAAAAAUCAGCAUGGAGCAGAAUGUGUAGUCUCUGAUAUGAGGCUGAAAAUGAUUCUGAAAUACAACAGAAGACAGAGACUAUCAGCCAUAUUAUGGAAGAUGCACUAUAAAUAAGAGCAUAUUUAAUUAUUUCAAGAGAAAGAUGCUGGAUGGAAUAAUUAAUCAACUUUCUUAAUAGAGAAGCAAGAGCUUUGCUGUUUAAUAUGGCAAGAUAUUUUAAUACUGCUGAGUUUAAAAUUGUGUGAUAACAGUUACCAAUAGCAAUAAGAUGUAGCUCCAGAGGGGAGUCCUAGUGGUUGCAAAAGUUUUAUGUCUUUUAUUUCUCCAACAUUUUUGCUCUCUUAAGCCUCAAGUCCACAUUCUGUAUCCUACAGCCUGGGCUUACUUUUCAGCUGGAUUUUCAAUAUAUGCCAACACUGGACUUCCUAUGGAACUGAAAACAAAAGAUUUCAGCUUUUGGAAUAAUUCUGGUAUGUUUUUCUACAUCGCACUAGUGGCAAAAAUACAGUCAACAAAAGAUUGUGCUCCCUCAACUUCUGGCAUGGAGAACUGAGGAAUAUAAUGCCCAAUGGUGACAAAGGGUGAUAAUUUCCUGUUUUUCACAAUUUAUCUCUGUGGUUUUGGACUUAGCAAUGGAUAUUCUUUGUGAUGGAGAGAGCUCUGUGAACCCAACUGCAAACUCCUUCAUACAAAUAAAUCAUGAGAGAAGAUUCUACAGAAAUGUUUAUGGAGCUGGAGAAAUUAAUAUAUCACAUCUCUGCAACCUGACUGUGAACUCUGACAACCUAACCAAUCUUUCAUGUGAAAGUAACAUGAGCCCACCGUGCUGCCCUUCACAGAAAAACUGGCCGGCUUUGCUGACAGUGAUAGUGAUUGUUUUAACCAUUGCUGGAAAUAUUCUUGUCAUCAUGGCUGUUUCACUGGAGAAAAAACUACAGAAUGCCACUAACUAUUUUCUAAUGUCACUUGCAAUAGCUGAUAUGCUGCUAGGUUUCCUUGUCAUGCCUGUGUCCAUGUUAACCAUACUGUAUGGAUACGAAUGGCCUCUACCUAGAAAGCUCUGUGCCAUUUGGAUCUACCUGGACGUGCUCUUCUCCACGGCGUCCAUCAUGCACCUCUGUGCCAUCUCCCUGGAUCGCUACAUUGCCAUCCGGAACCCCAUCCACCACAGCCGCUUUAACUCCAGAACUAAGGCUUUCGCCAAAAUAAUUGCUGUUUGGACCAUAUCAGUUGGCACCAUCUGUGUCUCCUUAAACAUCCAGUCACCAAGAGCAGGGAGCUGGAAAGCAAGAACAAGUAAACCAGCGAGUAUACAUCUGAAUCAUCCAGGUAUCUCCAUGCCUGUACCCGUCUUUGGACUACAAGAUGACUCCAAAGUAUUUAAGAAAGACAUGUUUAAGAAAGACAUCUGCUUACUUGCAGAUGAAAAUUUUGUUCUAGUAGGCUCUUUUGUGGCAUUCUUCAUCCCUCUAACCAUCAUGGUAGUCACUUACUUUUUAACUAUCAAGUCGCUGCAGAAGGAAGCUAUGCUAUGUGUGAAUGACAUUGGCCCUAAGACAAAGUUUACUUCAUUCAGCUUCCUCCCUCAGAGUUCCCUGUCCUCAGAGAAACUCUUUCAGCGCUCCUUGAACAGAGAUACGGGGACUUCAGGGAGGAGAACAAUGCAAUCCAUCAGCAAUGAGCAGAAGGCUUCCAAGGUCCUUGGCAUUGUCUUCUUUCUGUUUGUUGUGAUGUGGUGCCCGUUUUUCAUCACCAAUGUGAUGGCUGUUAUUUGCAAGGAGUCAUGCAAAGAAGAGGUCAUUGGAGGACUCCUUAACAUAUUUGUUUGGAUUGGCUACCUUUCUUCAGCUGUCAACCCACUCGUGUAUACGUUGUUCAACAAAACCUACCGCUCAGCUUUCUCUCGCUACAUCCAGUGUCGCUACAAGGAGGAGAAGAAACCUUUCCAGCUGAUUUUAGUGAACACUAUCCCAGCACUUGCAUAUGACUCCAGACAGCUCCAGCUAGCACAAAUGAAGAGUUUGAAAAAAGAGGCGAAAAUGAUGGCUAAGGAUUACUCGACGGUCACGAUAGGAACGCAUCGUUUAGAUGGUACCGCCAAGGGAAAUAUUGGCCCAGGGAACGAGAAGUAACCAUCCUGAAAUCUCCCUGGGCUUUUCUGCCAUUUGUUCUGUAUUUCAAAUAAGCAAUCUUCAAAGGUAAAUUAUACUUGAAUAAUCCUCUGUUUCCACCACCACCACUUGUAAUCUUUAUUUCAGGACUUGCAUUUUAUUUGCAUUCAAAAAUUUCAUGUGUUCAGCUUAAAAAUUGAAAGUAAUGUUUUCAAAAUGAUUGAUCUUAAUUCCCUGUUCCCUCCCACCGGUGUUGACAGGAAGGUGAAGUGAGAGAACAGUGGAAAACCAGGCACAACACUGCUAAACAAUUUCAGCACCACUUCCAGAUUCAUUACUCUGUUCAAUUCCAACAAAGUCUGAUUUAAGUAAUGUCAGAGGAAACUCUGCAUGAGUAAAGUCUUCAGUAAAAGGUUGAAGUAGAUCCUCUCUCAUCAUUUCUCUUUGGUUAAAAAAGGCCUUUAUGAACAAUGUUCUAGUUUUGGUUUAGGGCUUGUAAAGCCAGAAUUAUUAGAAAACUGUGAGUUGCUAAAAACUGUUUUCCCUUGUUUCACUGUAUUGCUGUUAAGGCAGAUUGCUCAGGAAUGGUCAGAAGAUUGCACUACUAGGACUCAGCCUUAAUGAAAUAUGUAUGGGCAAAUGGGGCUCACUUGAAAAAUAACAAGACCUGUAAACAACACUGCAUUUCACCUGCAUGGAUCCAAGGGCAGAAUACAUUGCAUAAAGAACAUAAAAUACAUUGCUUGACAGACAUGCCUAGUCAUGAAGCUCUUUUCAUUACAUCAUAACCGAUGUCACUGAGGGCAGUGGGACUUUGCUGAGGAGGAAAAAUAUAAAUGCUGCACUCACAUGCAAAGUUUAAAUCCAAUAUUUUGAUUCAUUACAUGAAUUUUGCAGCCAUAAUCUCAUCAAAACCAGGAUGUAUUCCAGUUUCUGUGGAAAAAAACCCACUGUCCAUCCAGAAGCAAAACUCCAAUGCCUUCAUCUGUCCUUCUAUUGAAGUUGUUCAGUUUUUACAGAGCAAUUAAAUUUCCACUAAGUCAAAGAAGGAGAGAGACAGAGAGAGAAAGUGAACCUUUUUCUAGCCUACCAGGUGGGAGUCUUUGGAAGAAGAAGGCCUUUAGCUUAAGAUACUGAUCUAUGGCAGACAAGGGCUUAAAAGUUGGCUGGGUAUUUGACUGAUUUCCAAGAAACUGAUUUAUUGUCAUAUACAUGGUAUAACUAAAUCUAUUAGUUUUAUGAGCCCUUUCCUCUGACAUGGGAUAGGUAGGAGCCACUGUGCACUGGUCACACAGAAGCUCUGCAUGCACAUGAUGACACUGACUCACCCCACAGACCUCAGCCUCCAUGACUGGGACAAAGUGUCAUGCUGUAGCCCCAUUCACAGUGAUGAGGCCAUGCAUGUCAUCUACAACCUCACAGACAUUCAUGGGUUUCCCCCCAAAACUGGUCAUUUAGGAUGAAAUGAUAAAUCAAGUGGAAUAAAUGCUGUGCUCACCAGGUGCUUUAUAUGCUCUCUCUGUCUCUGGGUACAUUUGAUCACCUCAGUCAAACUGAACAGCUUCAGCAGAAGCAAAAAUGAACUCGCUGCUCCUACCUCCCUAUGCACGCAUCCCACUCCUACCCAGCACUGUGUGAGGGGUGUCACACUGGCAAAGAAGGCGUUCCAGGGGGAAUCUGCUAAAUGCAGCUGAGUAUGAGGACUACCAUAGUAGUAGCUGGGAGCAGUGACUUUCCACUCUUUCCUGUCAAAUUUGAUAUUGACCUUAAAUCUAGUAUUUUGAGCUAAUGACAAUGCCCAUCUUGUAGCCCACAGGCCAGAUGUCUCCACUCCACAAUUGGGGUGAUGGUUUUGAGGAUUUGCCCUUGGAAACAGGUAUCUCAGGGAAUAAGCAGGCAGUAAUAAAAGCAAAGGUGUUUUGUGAGAAGAGGUCUGAGGCUCUAGAUCUGCUACCAAACCAGAUUGCCUUCAUAUAAUGAAUAUUGACAGGGGACUGAAGGUCUCUAAACCUGCAUGUGAGGGAAAAGAAAACAAAGAGGCUUCCACUAGGGGAGGGAAUCACCAUAUUUUUUGCCAUUUAUGACCUGAAGCAAGUUUCUCUGGCCUUGCAAAUGAAAACAGUAGGUGGGACAGACAGCUUGGAUCUUAUUGCCCAUUUGUGCCAGGGAGCAGAGCCUACCUGCAUCCUGUAUGAUGUGUAUGGCACCUUGCACUUCUCCAAAGCUCAAUUCCUCACAAAUCUCCUGAAGGUCCAAUUGCUGCUCUGCACAGUCUCCUUCACCAGCUCACAGCUGAUAAACUGUUACUGAAGAUUUCACAUUCAGUGCUUAUGCUCUCCACUUACCACCCGCAUUUUGCCCACGUGGCAGAGCAGAUCAGCCCUCUGAUUCUCUUUCAUUUCCCUUUCUGUUCUUCAUUCACAAUGUCAAAUUGCUCAGGUCGAAAAUACUGACAGGGAAUGUUUCACUACAAUCACAGAGGGUUUCAAUUACUGGCAUGAAGUUUCAUUACAAGGUGACUCUGAACAAUUUUUUUUUCCAGCUUAUUUUAAAAUAAAACCUAUGUUUUGGACAUAAGAGACUUAACAGCAUUUCAUUAAUUGACAGCUGGAGAGAACAUAACACUGAGUUUUUGCUUAGAAGCAGGGAAAACUGAUGCCUGACAUUUUGAUUCUGUAGCACUCAGAUGGUUUUAUUGAGUGAUCAGCAGCUUUUGCCUAAGUAGCCUCUCAAGGCCAAGAAUGAACAGCAAAGACCAAUAUCUCCAGCUCUUUAUGGACAUUUUUGACAGCUUAGAAAGGCCUGAUUCUGCCACCCUGCAUCAAAAUAUUAAUAGAUUUUUGUGCAGUUUGCCUUAGUGAGGACGACAGAGUCAGGAUAUGAAUUUGUUCUAGCCACCAUGCCAAAUCUGCUAGGGGUUGUUCAUCAGUAGAUAGCAAUUAAUGAACUCAUUAUACUGCAGACGGAUUACAAAGUUCAGCUGUUUUAAUGCAGGAUUUACAGCACUUGGCCCAUGCUUGAAAUGAACACCACGGUUUAAUAUGACCAGCUUCAGAGCAGCAUCUCCAUCUUCCAAAAAACUGUGUUUUCAUUAUGCAUCAGAAUGGAAUGGAAUUUUUUGUAAUUUUUCAGGUUAAAAAAAAAAAAAAAGAAGACAUUCAUACAGACUGGUUCAGAGGUUAGGGCCUUCCCCUACUUCACAGGAAAAGCAUGCUGAGUCAGUCUGUCAUAUCUGCAUCCAAAAAAACCACUUCCUCUGAAAAAACUUUUCAGCAUCAACUUUUUCAAGUAGAUUGACAUUUUAUUACUGUUAAGACUGCAUCUGAAAAAUGUCCAAAGACAUGAAGCUCACCAUGUAUCUCCUAAGCUGGUGUGCAUCCUUUUUACACUUCAGGGUAAAAACUCCUAUGUAUCUAUCCCAUCCAGUCAACCAUGCACUGUACUUAUGUAAUUAUUGCCAGACAGUGAGAUGCAUUCUAUUUUGAAUACCUAUAUGUUUGCUUAUGUAAAUACAUAGAGAAAAAAUUUGUUGUAUUUUGUAAUGUUAAUGUAAAAUGGUGUUUCAAUGCUUUACCAUUUUGUCUGAUCGCACUGCUAGUAGAGCAGAUUAAAAUAUUCAAAUGCAAUCAGUUGUUUUAUAAACUGGAGGUUUGUCUUAAGUAGCUAAUUUGGUUUGGUUUUAUUUCUCCCAUAAAUAUUCAGUACAAUGUCUGCUGAAGGCUAAAUUAAUUUUAAAUAUUUUGUUGGAGAAAAAGAAAGAGCAUGUUGCAGAAUUUAACUAUCUCAGUAAACUGGUCCAAAAUGAGCCAUUGUAAUAAUUUGCUUUUUCUAAGGACAGCCAUCCUUCUACUGAAGAGGUACUCUUUGGGUAAGUACAUACAUCUUAGUAAUUUUCAGUCUCAGAAACAGUGUACUUGCAAUAGUAGAAAGCCUAUGAAAUUAAUUUCACUAAGAAGUAGAACUAUAAGAUUAAAAUUAAUAAGCUAUAUUGGUUAGCUUGGUAAGGUUUCACAAGUGAGGAAGCUACAGGAGUGGGUUUUGUGAGAUGCUUCCAGAAGUUUUGCCCAUAUCUGACAGAUCCAAUGCCAGCCAGCUCAAUGAUGGAUGAAGGUCUGGCCAAGGCCAAGCCCAGCAGCCAUCAUGAUGGUGCCAGUGGGAUAAUAGGUUUAAGUGGGGGAAAGCUGCACCAUUGCAGCCAGAAAGAAGUGGGAAUAUGUGAGAGGAGCAGCUCUGCAGACACCAAGGUCAGUGGAGAAGGAGGGGCAGGAGGUGCUCCAGGCACAGGAGCAGAGAUUCCCCUGCAGCCCCUGGUGCAGAGCAUGGGGAGGCAGCUGAGUCCCUGCAGCCCAGGGAGGUCCAUAGGGGAGCCUGUAUCUCCCUGCAGCCCAGGGAGGUCCAUAGGGGAGCCUGUAUCCCCCUGCAGCCCCGGGAGAACUCCACGCUGGAGCAGGCACAUGCCAAAGGAGGCUGUGACCCCGUGGGAAGCCCGUGCUGGAGGGGGGUCCUGGCAGCAUCUGUGGGAAGCCAGUGGAGAGAGGAGCACCUCUGGAGCAGUUUUGCUGGCAGGACUUGUGACCCACAAAGGAGCAGUUCAUGAAGAACUGCAGCCCGAGGAAGGGAUGCAAGUUGGAGAAGUUCAUGGACGAUUGUCUUCAGAGGGAGAAACCUCAAGCUGCAGCAGGGGAAGAGUGUGAGGAGUCCUCUCCCUGAGGAGGGAACAGCACAAACCUGUCCACAGUUCCCAUUCCCCAUCCAUCUGCGCCACUGUGGGGGGAGAGGUAGAGAAAAAUCAAGACUGAAGUUCAGCCCAGGAAGAAGGGAGAGAGGUGGAGGAGUGAAGCUGUUUUAAGAUUUAGCUUCUUUGUCUCAUUAGACUACUCUGAUUUAAUUGGCAAUAAAUUAAACUCA